AUGGCUGCAGUGGUUCCCUUCAGGGUCCUUAGCUAUGUAAAUGAGUGCACCACUGAGAACGGUGGCUGUCAUGACCAGUGCUGUAAUACCAUCGGCAGCUACUACUGCAAAUGUCCAGCUGGCCAGAAACUGGGGGAAGAUGGAAAAUCAUGCGGAGACGUGGACGAGUGCUUGGUGGUGAAUGGGGGCUGCCAGCAAGGCUGUGUCAACACGCACGGCUCCUUCCACUGCCAGUGCCGGGUGGGAUACAGGCUCCAUGCCGACGGACGCACCUGCAUAGCUGCAGCAGCAGGCAUGAUCAACCUGGCCAUGGCUGCUCCAGAGCCAUCCCUAACUCCCCGUCCACGGCAGAGCCCCGUGCUGGGCCAGGGUGUGCGACCCCACUGGCACAAGCUCUUGGCACUGGAGUUCCUUGCUGUCCCCUUCUGGCUUCGAAGCCUCUACAAUUCUGGGGCUUUGGAUACAAAUGUGCAGCAAGCAGGAAGCUUUGAGCAUAUCGGGUCUGCUGUUUCCCGUGUAGAAAUGGAGCUGCUUUCAAGUCACAUCGCUGACCAGGCGGGAGGUUUGCAGACACAAGUGGAGAUCAGAAGCCAGGGUCAGGUUGUCGACAUGCAUUCCUUCAAUGCUUCCUUGGCUCCAGCCGUCAAUUCCUGCAGCGUUAACAAGGGGGGCUGCGAGCAGGAGUGCGUUCAGCUCGGUGAAGACCGAUACAAGUGCCAGUGCCAGCCGGGCUACCAGCUGAAGACGGAUGCCAAAUCCUGUGAAGUGAUAAACCCCUGCACAAGUGGGAAUGGAGGAUGCUCACAAAUCUGUCGAAAUGAGAGAGGAAUUGCAAAAUGCGAGUGUCAUCCAGGACGUUAUCUUUCUACAGACAAAAAGUCCUGUUUAGACAUUGAUGAGUGUGCAGAAGGGAGAGCAAGGUGUGCUCAUCGUUGUGUGAACACUCUGGGAUCCUUCACCUGUGUCUGUAAUCCCGGCUUCGAGCUGGGGGCUGAUGGAAAGCAGUGCUACCGCAUCGAAAUGGAGAUUGUCGAUAAGCUGGACGAGUGCGAGAGCGGAGAGUCCUGCUGCUCCCAGUUCUGCAUCAACUACGCGGGCGGCUACGAGUGCGCCUGCAAAGCGGGAUUCCAGCUGAACGCCGACGGCUGCGCCUGCGACGACGUGGAUGAAUGUCGUCUUGAUAACGGCAACUGCGACCAUUUCUGCGUUAAUUCUCUGGGGUCGUACGAAUGUGCCUGUAAGGAGGGUUACAGGCUCGGCGUUAACAGAUGGUCCUGCAUCGGUGGGGAGGAGACGGAUGUGGAGGAGGCAGCGGGGUUCGCCGGGACCUCGGGGCUGCAGUUCAGAGGUCCCCCCCAGCUCCUUCGCUACGUGCUCGGUUCGCUCUACGAGGAUGCAGACCCACGAGGAGAGCUCACCCUGGUGCACAGGGUCGUUUGCCUUGAUAACACUUUUGGCAGUGACUGUAGCUUGAGCUGUGAGGAUUGUCUGAACGGAGGCAGAUGUAACGGUGAACGCAGUGGCUGCGUUUGCUCACCGGGGUGGACCGGCGUCAUCUGUAACGAAACUUGCUCCCCGGGGACGUACGGCAGAGGCUGUGCCAGCAUUUGCAAGUGCCAGAAUGGAGGGUCCUGCGACCCCGUCACGGGGCAGUGCCGCUGCCCGCCCGGCGUGCGCGGCGAGCUCUGCGAAGACGGCUGCCCGAAAGGAUUCUUUGGGAAGAACUGUAACAAACCGUGCAACUGCGCCAACAACGGCCAUUGCCACCGACUCUACGGAGCCUGUCUGUGUGACCCCGGGCUCUACGGGCGCUUCUGCCAUCUUACCUGUCCCAGGUGGGCCUUCGGAGCUGGCUGCUCGGAGGAGUGUCAGUGCGUGAAAGAGCACACGCUGGAAUGCAGCGCAAGGAAUGGGACUUGCACCUGCAAGCCUGGUUAUCACGGCAAAAAGUGUCAGAAAGAGUGCACACCUGGAUUUUACGGGGCUGGUUGCAAACUGAGAUGCAACUGUCCUCCUGAUGUGUUGUGUGAUCAUGAGAUGGGAGUCUGCAAGCAUCCAUGUCCACCUGGGUUUCAUGGAGAAAAAUGCCAUUUGUCUUGCCAGCCUGGGAGCUUUGGGGUGAACUGCAGGCAGAGGUGCAGCUGUGGAGGAGCACCAUGUGAUACAAAGACAGGGCAGUGUCUUUGCCCAGCUGGGAAGACUGGUGCUACAUGUGAGCAAGAUUGCCCAGCUGGCUGGUGGGGAGCAGACUGCCAGUCCUCCUGCGAGCCCUGCUCCAACGGGGGCCAGUGCAACAGAGAAACUGGAGCCUGCGACUGUCCCCCUGGCUACACUGGGACGUCCUGCUCUGCACGAUGCCCCGAGGGAAGCUUUGGCCCGAGCUGCGAGUCCAGCUGCCAGUGCCAGAACGGAGCUGCCUGCGACCACGUGAGCGGAGCCUGUACUUGUGCGGCGGGUUGGACAGGAACCUUCUGUGAAAGAGCUUGUCCAGAUGGAUUCUUUGGGCUUGACUGCCACCAGGUGUGCAACUGCAAGAAUGCUGCUGGCUGCGACCACGUCCUGGGAACCUGCCGCUGCCUCCCCGGCUGGCUGGGGGGGACCUGCGAGCAGCCCUGCCAGGGGGACAGCUAUGGGCCAGGCUGCAGCCAAGCUUGUCACUGUCACAACGGAGCGCUCUGCCAUCACGUAACCGGGACGUGCCUUUGUAGCCCAGGGUGGAAAGGAGCCACCUGCCAAGAAGCCUGUCCUCCUGGAUGGUAUGGUGCAAACUGCCUUCAGCGCUGCGUCUGCCACGGCCAGGCAACGUGUGACCGGGUGACGGGCGAGUGCCUGUGUCCCCAGGGUCGGACGGGCAUAACAUGUGAGCUGGAGUGUGGGGACGGGAGGUACGGAGAGGGCUGCAAGCAGAACUGCAGCUGCCGCCAUGGGGUUUGUGACCAGCACUCAGGGAAAUGCAUCUGCCACGCCGGCUGGGCUGGGGACCGCUGUGAUGUUGUUUGCCCCUCGGGAUUUUUCGGCGAGCGGUGCGAGGAGCAGUGCGACUGCGUGCACAGCUCAUCCUGCCACCAUCAAACCGGAGCGUGUCGCUGCGAAAAGGGAUGGCGAGGGAGGCACUGUGACAAACCUUGCUUGGCCGGGCGCUACGGUGCGGGCUGCGCCCAGCGGUGCCGGUGUCCCACGGGUACCCCCUGCCAUCACCUGACGGGCCAGUGCGGCUGUCCUCCGGGAUUCACCGGCUACGGCUGCGAGAAAACUUGUCCAGCGGGCACGUAUGGUAAGAGCUGUAACCGAAUAUGUCAGUGCUCUGCCGAGAAUGAGGAGUGUCACCCGGUGACUGGCGACUGUGUGUGCCGCCCGGGCUACCACGGGGCCCGCUGCACCCUCCGGUGUCCGAAAGGCACUUAUGGUUCAAACUGCCAAAAACCCUGUAAAUGCAUGAACGGAGGCCACUGCGACCCCGCGUCGGGAACUUGUCAUUGCGCGCCUGGUUUCAUUGGAGCCGACUGUAGUAAAACUUGCCCCGAAAACCGAUACGGGAAGGACUGCGCCUUGUUCUGUGCGUGCGGUAAAGGUCGGUGCGACCCACGGACUGGCAAGUGUACCUGUCCUCCCGGCCAAAUGGGACCCAGCUGUCAGCAAGUGUGUCCCCAGGGACAAUAUGGCCCCAACUGCCACCUGACAUGUACCUGUCAGAAUGGUGGUAUCUGUGACCACGUGGAUGGCAACUGCACUUGCGGGCUCGGCUGGACAGGAAGAUCAUGUGAGAAAGAAUGUCUCCCAGGGAAGUAUGGGUCUGACUGCAGCUUGGACUGCUCGUGCCAGCACGACGGCACUUGCGACAGGUUCACAGGCUGCUGCCGGUGCCCCGAGGGAUACUACGGCCACUCCUGUGAGCACAGGUGCCCCCUUGGAUUUUAUGGGUUAGGCUGCCUUCGUGUGUGUGGCUGUAAAAACGGAGCGAGCUGCGACGCAGUGACAGGACAGUGCAUUUGUCCUUUGGGUUAUCAAGGUGUCCACUGUGAAAAAGGCUGCGACAGGGGCUGGUUCGGAGAGAGGUGCCGGCACCGGUGUGACUGCGGAGAUGCUCCUUGUGAUCCAGAGACUGGGAAGUGCCUUUGCCCACCUGGGAAGACUGGAGACAAAUGUGACAUGGUAAUGAUUUCCAUUCUGAGAACUUCUUCAGCACAGCUGGGCUACAGUUUGGGCAGACCAUGUGGUAGAUGAAACUUGAAGACUGCAGGGCUUUCCAAAAUGUCAUGUUUUAAUGUUAACAGAUGUAGACGUCUAAGUAGCUUCCUGAUCCCGGAGAACAGGGAAACUAGUAGGGACAUUCACCCUCUUCCAAACACUUCUGUCCUUUCAGAAUGCAGGUCAGACCAGUACGGCCCCAACUGCUCCCUGCGAUGCCAGUGUGGCAGCAAAUCCCAGUGCAAUCCGUACAACGGGAACUGCAUAUGCCCAGCCACGUGGAUGGGGUCAACCUGCAAAGAAGGUGGCCUUCCAAAGCUUCCUUUUUAUGAAGAACAAACUCAAGAAAGAGAGAAUAUUUUUCCAAGGGCUCUACAACAGUAA